CCCGCGGCGCAGUGCGCAUGUCCCCUCCACGCCUGCCGAGCUCGAACCAGAGCGCUCCACCCCGCGCACGCGCAGACCGCAACCCGCUACUCCGGAGUUGAGGCGUAGAUUUGGCGGCUCAUUUUAGCGAGAAAGCCUAACAGUAGCUGCAGCCGGACCAGGCCAUGGCGGGCCCAGGCAGCCAUCCAGUGCGGGCCACGCACCUGCUCGGAGCCACCCUGGCGGCCCUCGUGGCCCUGGCCCUCCUCCACUCGGUGUCUUCCCAGCCUCACCGGGACUUCGCACCGCCAGGCCAGCAGAAGAAGGAGGCCUCUGCCGACCCCCUGACGCAGCUCGGGCGCGCGCUGCGGGGGACGCUGGACAGCUGGCUGGGCCGGGAGACCAUGCACUUGGUCUCAGAGACCCUGUCACAGGUGGCGUGGGCCAUCUCCUCGGCCAUCUCAGUGGCCUUCUUUGCAGUGUCUGGGAUCGCAGCUCAGCUGCUGAACGCCCUGGGGCUGGACGGAGAUCACCUCACCCAGGGCUUGAAGCUGAGCCCCAGCCAGGUGCAGACCUUCCUGCUGUGGGGUGCGGGGUCCCUGGCCGUCUACUGGCUGCUGUCUCUGCUCCUCGGCCUGCUCCUGGCCUUGCUGGGCCGCAUCCUGGGCGGCCUGAAGCUCGUCGUGUUCCUGGCUGGCUUCGUGGCCCUGGUGAGGUCGGUGCCCGAGCCUUCCAUGCGGGCGCUGCUGCUGCUGGCCCUGCUGACCCUCUACGCCCUGCUGAGCCGCCUCACGGGCUCGCGGGCCUCCGGCGCCCGGCUGGAGGCCAAGGUGCGCGGGCUGGAGCGCCAGGUGGAGGAGCUGCGCUGGCGGCAGAAGCGAGUGGCCAGGGCGCCCCGCGGCGUGGAGGAAGAGUGACGGCCCUGCAGCCCCGCCUCCGCCACACCAAAGAGCUGAGGUGCUUCUGGGCCGCCCGGCCCCCUACAGCCCCUUCCCUUCCUUGCUAGCACCUCGUCCAUGCCCCUGCCCCCAGCCAAGGGGCCCCUUGGCUUCCUGCCGUCCAUGGGGCGGGUGUGCAGCUGGGCUUCAGCUGCCAGCUCUGGCCCUGGCCUCCCGUGACCUGCCGCUCUCCUGUUGGCCCCCCGAGCUCCGCUCUGCCCCGCUCCACCUGCCUUGCUGUCGCCCAGCCUGGAGAGCACCACCCGCCCUCCCGGCCUUGGCCAGCAGGGGAAGAGCCUGGGCAGGCCCGGAGGGUUGGGCGAUGCGCCCCGAGUGUUCCAAGUGCCUUAAUCAGCGCUGCUGCCCCGGCGUAGCGGGAGUGCACUGUGGCUGCCAUCCGCGUGAGCAGGGCACCUUCCUUGUCACCCAGAGCGGCCGCAGGACUCGCCCUGUGGGGAGCUCAGACCCAGGAGACAGGACAGCUUCCUGCUCCACACUGCCCAGCCUUGCCGCUGAGCAAGACCGGAGCAGGGCGGCCAGCCGUACUCCGAGGCCAGGGUCCUGCCCUUCCUGCCUCUGGGGCCCAGAGGCAGGGAGAGGUGCCUCUGCCGGGCCUGGCACCCAAAGGAAUAAAUGCCCAAUUCUGACUGCUAAGGUUUGAUGUGAAAUCACAGCUGCGGUGAUACCUAUUUUUAUCAGUGCUUGGUUGAUUUUGAAUAAAGUGCACGCUAUUUUAUUA